AUGUGUGUGUGUCUGUGCAUAUAUACAUUGAAAACUCAAACACAAACAAGCCUCUCUUGUACCCUUAGCUCUUACCCUCUUUUUUCUUGCUAAAGUUUUUGAUCUUCAUGGAUCAGUUCCACAAAGUUUCUUCCUUCAGUUGUGAACUGAGAAUAAUACAAGCACAAAACGUUCAGUCCUUAAAGUCCACAAAAAACUUAUUUGUUAGGGCUUAUCUUCCUUCAGGGACCGACAAAAGAAUUCAACUCAGCACCAAAAAAGUUUCCUCAAAUAUGAAACAUGUUCCCUUUUGGAACGAGUCCUUCAGCCUAGAUUGUUCGUGUCCCCAAGAGUUGUUGGAAAGCCUUAGGAAGGAAAGGGUUGUGUUGGAGCUGAGGCAAAGCAAGAUCUGGGGGUCGCAUGUGGUGGCAAAGGGUGAUAUUCCUUGGAAGGAAAUUGUUGAAUCACCCAAGAUGGAGUUGAAGGAAUGGGUGAAGAUGGAUUUGGUGAGUGGAAGUGAUGAAGAUGAUGAUGCUGAUUUCAAGGCACCACAAGUACAAGUGGAGAUUAAAGUAGUUGUGGAGAAGGAGAGUAAUAAGAGAAAGAGGAUGAACAAGAAAUGGGAUGAGUGUGGAUGCAAACAUGGCCAUGAUGUUUAUGCAUGCUGCAGUGCUGAAGAUUAUGAUAUAUUUGCUUUGGGUGCAGUUUUGGAGGCUUUUUGACCUAGACAGAGAGGAAGAUGGAUGCUCCAACGUGAAUUUUGUCUUUUUCAUUUUCCACUAUAAUUCAUUUUCUUAAUGUUGUAAUUGUACAUAGGUGGUCCUAAUGAUUUGUUUUAAUACUCGAAGAACUGUGUAGUAAUUAAUUAAUUAAUUGAUGUCUGGUUAG